CCAUCUAUCAUCGAGUCAACAAACAAAGAUGAGAUGAUGAACUAAGAAGCAUCAAAGCUGAAUUCAAAAACAAUGGCGAUUUCUACAUUACUCUCAAUCUCUCCUCUCACUCUAUCUUCUUCCUCAUCAACAAAAACCCAUCUCCUAACUACUAGGGUUUAUUCAUCAUCUUCGACUUCUCCCAAAUUGAAUCAAAACAAUCGUCGUUUUCUAGAGAGUCAAAGUUCCAGUCUUUGCCACCCAUUACGCCGCAAUUUCACCAGAUUCUCUUCUUCUCCAGAUGGGUUUCUCGGAAAAGCCAAAGAAGACGAAGAAGGAAACGAAAUCAUACAGCUUCCUUCAAUUGGUGUGAACCCUGUGAAAUUCGCGAUAUGCGUUGUGUUGUGGGCUUCGUUCUCUUUGCUUUGGUUUGCUAGGUCUGGAGAUGCCAAAGCUGCUACUGAUUCAAUCAAAUCAUCGAGCUUUGGUCUCAGAAUCGCCGCCACUCUUCGCCAAUGUGGUUGGCCAGACGAAGCUGUUGUGUUUGCUUUAGCUACACUUCCUGUUAUCGAGCUCCGUGGUGCUAUUCCCGUUGGUUAUUGGAUGCAGCUAAAGCCUACGGUUCUCACUUUCUUCUCUGUUCUUGGCAAUAUGGUUCCAGUUCCAUUCAUAGUACUUUACCUCAAAAAGUUUGCGUCUUUCUUGGCGGGUAAGAGCCAAACAGCUUCUAAAUUACUCCACAUUUUAUUCAAAAGAGCUAAAGAGAAAGCUGGACCAGUGGAAGAGUUCCAAUGGUUAGGGCUAAUGCUCUUUGUAGCUGUUCCUUUCCCUGGAACCGGUGCGUGGACAGGAGCUAUCAUAGCAUCGAUCCUCGACAUGCCGUUUUGGUCUGCUGUUUCGUCUAAUUUCUGCGGGGUAGUGUUGGCUGGACUGUUGGUGAACUUGCUGGUGAAUCUUGGUUUGAAACAAGCCAUUGUGGCUGGUAUUGCUCUCUUCUUUGUAUCUACAUUUAUGUGGAGUGUUCUCAGGAACAUUAGGAAGUCUAUAAAACCAUCUCUGCCUUGAAUGGGUUAUUAGAUGUUUAGUUGUAGAAGAAGAGUUCUUCACAUUAUUGGUUCUUUUUUCUCUUCAACUGUUAAUAAUAUUGUUUCAGGGAUUUGUGGUUGUCUUCUUUACUCCAAUUCACCCUUCUCAUAAAAUCUUUACUGUGUGAUAUUCAAAUAAUGUAAAUUAGCAUACUGAUUUUCAUUGAGAAGUUUAGAAGUUAGAACAAAUGUACAUU